AUGCAGAACGAAGCCUGCCGCCACUGCAGGGCCAUGAGACUUGCUGUCACUGGAGCCAGCAAAAGUGAGAAACCAUCCUGGGAGCAAAUCAUGAGGGAGAUGGCAGCAUCUGUUGUUCCCUCUCUGGAAAAAAAAUUUCUUGGGUGUAUAAACCAUAAGAAAAUCCAGGCCACUAACAGAAACUGUGAAGUGACUGCUGAUGUGAGACAUGAUGUUUCGCUUGUAGAUGUUAUGUUUGUGGAUGGAGAGCGACUGAUAAUGAAGGGAGCCAACUUGACAACAAUAGAAAUGUUAACAGCAUUGGGGUCCAGGUGUAGUGCAAAAGACGUCAAGGAAGAACCGAAAAGCAAGAAGAAGAGUUCCUGA